AACAUCCAUUCCAAUCCCCUCCUUCCCUUCCUCCCCUCCAAUCUCGAUCGAUCCUCCGCCUUCCAUUUCACCUCAAAACUCAAAAGCCCUAAUCGAGUCAAGAUUCCCGAACCCGUUGAUGAAAAUCUAACCAUCGUUGUUGAUCUGCAUUUGGUUGGGCAAAGAGUAAUCGCGAGCAUGAAUGAUGUUUCCUUCGUGGCUCCGAGAAGAAAUUCGAUUCUUGAAGCAGCGUACUUCGAUCAGGUUGGUGUUUUCACAUCUGAUUUCCCCCCUUCUCCUGCUAUGAAAUUUAACCAUACGGUAAAGGGGACGAAGAUCUACAAGAUCAAAUAUGGAUCUGUGGUUCAGGUGGUGCUGCAGGGAAGCAGCUUGCUGUUGGAGGAAGAGCAUCCUAUUCAUUUACAUGGGUAUGAUUUUUAUGUGAUGGGUAGGGGGAUUGGGGAAUUUGUGAUGGAGAGGGAUGGGGGUGAGUUGAAUAUGGUGGAUCCUCCAAAGAGGAAUACAGUGGGAAUUCCGGCAGGAGGGUGGACGGUGAUAAGAUUUGUGGCGAAUAAUCCGGGGGUUUGGUUGAUGCAUUGUCAUAUGGAGAUACACCAUGAAUGGGGGAUGGCAAUGGUGUUUUGGGUGGAGGAUGGGGUUGGGAAGAUGGAGUCUGUUAGGCCUCCCCCGACUGAUCUUCCGCCAUGCUAAAUAUUGUUGAUAGUAAUGGAGUUUGAGAAGAUGGUAGUUGUGGAGUAAAAAUGGCAAGGAUUUGGGAUGAGUAGUUUGAUUUAGUGCUAAUGGUGACUAAGGUUCUCUCUAGUAGAUCUAC